GAACCAGGGAGAAUUGCGGUACAGACUGGACCUGGCGAACAUCCCCCUGCGACCGCGACGACGCAUCGAAACCUUCCCUUCCGUUGGCUGGAGUCCCGACUGGAGACUCAGUUCUCACUCACCACACACCCACACACCCACCCACCCACAGCACCCAUCGAUACUUCCACAGCCUGGCGGUCCUGGCAACGACCGCCCAGAAAGAGUUGCAGGGUGGAGCCCCAGGAUUUAUCUUUAACAGCCUCCCGACUGCCCUUGCUCUUCCCGAAUUCGUUCAUGCUGCCCUCCGCCUUCGCUUUUUUCCCUUCACUUCUUCUCCCUCACCUUGCGCCAUUCUGGUUCUCUCCACCCUCCAGGCUCUCCACAUCCUCUCUCUUUUUUUUUUCACACACUCGUUCCCUCGACCGGCCAUCUCGAUUUUUCGCGCACCCAAGACCUUGACGAGUUCCCGAGACCCUCGCUUUCCAGCCUUGGUCACCAAGUGACUUGCACCAAGACUCUGUCCACGGUCAAAGGUGUAAGCGGUCACCUCCAGCGGCGAAUUUCUUUCUCUCCACGUCUCCCUUCCUAGCGACGACCGACGACAACAUUUUCGACUCGGUUGCCCUGCAGACAUCUUGCUAGCAACCCUUCGCCACUGUUUAGCGGCCGCUACCUCUACGGGUCGGAUUUUGCGCCCUUACACAUUCGUACGUACCUACUAGUGCCGACACCGCAACACGCUUUAGCAACCAUGUCUUCGGGCUCUGAAGACGACAAGCCGCUCGCCAAGGUCAACGGCCACGCCUCGGCGCCGACCAUCUCCAAGGCCGAUGAUCGUGCCAUGGACGCUGCUGAUUCCAAGGUUCACAUGGCUCCCGUUGGUGUCUCCAUCCGUAAUGGCCCCGUCGACCAGGACAGGAUGGACGUCGACUCCUCAGUAAGCGGUCAGGCUAAGCGCAAAUCGCGGACAUCCAUUGAUCAGUCCAUCAACUAUAAGGAUGACUCCAGUGAUGACGAAGCACCCUUGGCGAAACGUUCAAAAACACAACAUAAGCAACCAGACUCCGAUAGCGACGACGAGCCGAUUGCGAAAAAAAAUGGCGCGAGAUUGCCUCCCUCCGCCAAGAAUACGGAUAUGGACGUAGAUUCUGAUGACGACGAACCUCUCGGAAAGAUCGCCGCGAAGAAGGCCAAUAUCGAGAAGGAAGCCGCCAAGGAAGCCAAGAGUAUUCGUGCUGGUACCAAGGCCAAGAAGCCUGCUGCUAAGAAGGCCGUCAAGGAUGAAUCCUCCGAUGACGAACCCCUUGCGAAACCCACCAAGCGACAGGUCAACGGCACAGCUGCGAAGAAGACGAAUGGUGUGAAGAAGGAAGAGUCUGACUCGGAUGUGCCCAUCGCUAAGCGGGCGAAGAAGGCACCUGCCGCGAAGCCUGCUGCAAAGCCUGCUGCAAAGCCGGCUGCAAAGGCUGCCACGAAGGCCGCCCCGAAGGGCAAGGUUGCCGCUGUCAAGAAGUCCGUCAAGGAGGAAUCGAAGGACAUCACCGAUGAGGACGAUGAGGAAGAGGAGUAUAAGUGGUGGGAGGAGUCGGCAAAGAAGGAAGAUGACAGUAUCAAGUGGACCACCUUGGAGCACAACGGCGUCAUCUUCCCCGAGGAUUACCAGCGUUUGCCCAAGGACGUCAAACUGCUCUACGAUGGAACGCCGGUCGAACUCGAUAUCGAGGCCGAGGAAGCUGCGACCUUUUUCGGCUUCAUGCUUAACUCGACGGUGAAUGUUGAGAACCCAACUUUCCAGAAGAACUUCUUCAGGGACUUCAAGGAGAUCCUAGAUCGGACAGGUGGCGCCAAGGACAAGAAUGGCAAAAAGGUUGACAUCAAGGAAUUCGAAAAACUCGACUUCUCCCAGUUGUGGGCUUACAAAGAUGCUCAAACGAAGGCUAAGAAUGCCCGGUCGUCAGCAGAGAAGAAGGCCGAGAAAGCCGAAAGGGACAAGAGGGACGCCCCCUAUCUAUAUUGCAAGUGGGAUGGGCGAAAAGAAAAGGUUGGUAACCCCAGAGUGGAAAUUCCAGGACUUUUCCGUGGUCGCGGUGAUCACCCCAAGACCGGGUGUAUCAAGAAGCGUGUUUUGCCAGAGCAAAUUACCAUCAACAUCGGCAAAGAGGCCAAGGUCCCAGAGCCGCCAGCUGGCCACAAGUGGAAGGCCGUUCAACAUGACAACAAGGCAACUUGGCUCGCGAUGUGGCAAGAGAACAUCAACGGACACUACAAGUAUGUGAUGUUGGCAGCAAACAGUACUGUGAAGGGCAAGGCCGAUUUCAAGAAGUUCGAAAAGGCCCGUGAGCUCAAGAAAUACAUUGAUCGCAUCCGUGCCGAUUAUACCAAGGACCUCAAGAGCGAGGUCAUGGCUGACAGGCAACGCGCAACGGCCAUGUACCUCAUUGACAAGUUCGCUCUCAGAGCCGGUAACGAAAAGGAUACCGAGAACGAGGCCGAGACUGUCGGUUGCUGCUCUCUCAAGUACGAGCACGUCACCCUCAGGGAACCCAACACUGUCAUUUUCGACUUCUUGGGCAAGGACAGUAUUCGUUUCUACAACGAGUUCACGGUCGAUCGCCAGGUCUUCAAGAACCUCAAAAUGUUCAAGAAGCCUCCCAAGGAGGACGGAGAUGACAUCUUUGACAGACUGACGACAACCCAACUCAACAAGCACUUGUCGAGCUACAUGCCUGGGCUCACGGCAAAGGUUUUCCGUACUUACAACGCAUCGUACACCAUGUCCAAGCUGCUGCAGGAGCUCAAGGUGACGAAUGCCACGGUACAUGAAAAGGUCAAGCUCUACAAUGACUGCAACCGCCAAGUUGCUAUUCUUUGCAACCAUAAGCGUACUGUCGGUGCUAGCCAUGAGCAGCAAAUGAAGAAACUUGUCGAGCAGAUCAAGGGUUUGCGAUACCAGAAAUGGCGGACAAAGAUGAUGAUGCUCGACCUUGAUCCCAAGCUCAAGAAGAAGAAGGGUGCUGCCUACUUUGAGCUUGAUGAGGACUUGACAGAGGAGUGGGUCAAGUCUCAUCAGGAGUUCCUCGUUGAGGACCAGAAGGCCAAGAUCAACAAGAAGUUCGAAAAGGACAAUGAGAAGCGGAUAGCUGAUGGCGAGAAGCCUCUGCCUGCCAGCGAGCUCAAGGAGCGACUCAAGGCGGCAUCCGAGCUAGAAGCCAAGUUCAAGAAGGAGAACAAGACCAAGAAGGUCGAGGCUGAAGGCAAGGGUCCUUCUGUCGAGAAGCUGGAGGCAGCUCUUGAGAAGCUUGAUCAACGUAUCAAGAACCUGGAGCUCCAGUCCGCGGAUCGUGAAGGAAACAAAGAGGUUGCUCUUGGCACUUCCAAAAUUAACUACAUUGAUCCCCGUCUUACCGUCGUCUUCUCGGCCAAGUUUAAUGUGCCUAUCGAGAAGUUCUUCUCCAAGACGUUGCGCGAAAAGUUCAAGUGGGCUAUCGAGUCUGUCGGAAACGACUCGACGUGGGAGUUCUGAGGUUGGCCAAGCAUCGUCGUUCGAAUUCUGAAAAGUCAUCCAAAGAAACCGUUCCUAUAGACAACAACAUGAAUGUUCACGUUGUUAUUUUGCGCCUUUCGCUCAAUCAAACACGGAAUAGCCUUGAUAGACCCUUUUGGUGAUCGUCAUACUAUUUUCACUUGGGAUCUCGUAAAUUUCGUUAGAAAGCUUGCUGGACGCAGAUGCCAGAAUUACAAGAGCAAGCGAAGGAAGGUUGUACACUAUCUCUCAAUGGUUGUAGAAACCAGGGAGGCAAUUUGCUUGCCCUUUGAUGGGUUAUAUGGGGUUUCCAACCGCAUUGCGCAUAGUUUGCUCUCGGAAGAUGGAGUUAUGGAGGCCGGUGUCUUCUGAAACCAAAAAUGAACCAUCGUUAACAGUGACAAAGACCGACGACCGUCAUCGUUAGUUAUCACGCGCACGCCUGUUGGCGAGGAUAGAAAUCACUAGAGGUAGGGAGAUGAUGGUAUGUGCAGAUACAAGAUGAGACAAAGAUGCCAGAAAGUGUUUGCGUACGUGCCCAAGCAAAAGGAAUCUACCGUUUGAAUGCUCGUG